AGUGGCUCUCGUGGAGAGCGCAAGAAGGGAGCCCGGGCCAGAGGCGCAGAAAAAAACCAUUGCGCCGCGCGCCAACCUCGAGAGCAGUCCCGCCGCCAAGCCUGCCACGAGCGCCGGCCCAUCUCACCUCCAUGAAGAGGCGCGCUGCCGCGUCGCCUCGCCCGCCCGCCAAGCGCAGCGCGACCUCGCCCGCCAGCACGGUCCGGACGCACAGCCUUCUCCCGAUCAUCAGCCUCACGGUGCCGCCGGAGGUGCUCAUACUCGGCACGCAUCCGAGCCGCAAGUCCCUCGCCGAGAGCCUGAGCGAGAAGGAGGUCCGGAUGCGUGGCGGAGCGGGUCCGCAGAACUACGGUCACAGCCAAAACAUCUUCUGGAACGUCGCCGGCUCGGCGUGCGGCUUCAGCCGGCACGCAGUGAGCUACGAGAAGCAGUGCGAGGCCUUCACGGCGCGCGGCUGCGUGCUUUGGGACGUGGUGCGAAGCUGUUUGGGUAAGGGGAGCCUCGACAGCGACAUCGACAAGUCUACGAUGGAGGCCAACGACAUCCCCGGCCUCCUCUCCCAGCACCCGACGAUCCGCCGAAUCUGCAUCGCCAAGACUGCAGCCGCCUUCCUGUGCCACUCCAAUGGCCACGCUGCGUGGCUCAAGACAGGCGAGGCAGCCGGGCGGAGAUGGGACUUUGUCCUCCGCACCGCCAGCCCCGCCACUGCCGAGACCGCCUCCGUGCUGGGAAAGUACUGCCGGCGGGCCACCGGCUCGGAGAUCGAGGCGGCCGUGCAGAAAGAGAGGGCAGCCGGAGACGGCGCGUUGCAGCGGACCGUCGAGCUCGUGGUGCUGCCUUCGACGAGCCCUGCAAACGCGGCGAUGUCGCCCGACGCAAAGGAAAAGGUGUGGCACAGAGCUGCGUAUGGCUAUGAGCGGGCGCCCGCCGCGUACCGCUGCGUCGGCUGCGGCGCCGUCGGCGAGCACUGGUUCGUCGACUGCGACCGGAACGAGGAGUGGCGGCGCCAGCAGAUGGAGAAGAAGACGCGCGGCGACCUGUUUGUCGAGGAGGUCGACGGCGACCGAUGGCUGUACUCGAAACCAAAGGCGUGAAAACGUAGUUGGUGGGGCGAGGCGAGAAAAAUUAACUUUAAGAGCUGCUCUCCAGCGGUGGAUCUCGUCGCAUUAGUAAGGUAAGGUAAAAGGUAAACGUCUC